AUGUCGUCCCCUGACCCCCUCAACGACGACACAAUGACUUCGAUCGUACCCCCGUCUUCGCGUCGCGUAACACGGAGCCAGCGCUCUACCAGAUUCGCUUCUCUCGCAAGCUCGCCUAGGAAACAGACUUUCGAAUUAGAGGUGGGCGACAACGUGUCGCCGCAACGACUGUUGGUCACUGUUGAAACAGAGGAUGGCAAUCCAGCAAGCACUACGAGACGGCGGUUGUUCCCAUCAUCUAGCCCGUUUCGGAACCCUCGGCCUGGAGUUGGAAUGACAACGACGACGACCACAGUACCCCUCCGCCAAUCGAUAGAGGACGAACAGGGCGAUCUCACUCUGGAUUCUAUGGCAACUCCCAGACGAAGAGGUCGUCCACGCAAGACGAAUGGCACGCCAAUGCCAAGCGCAGCGAAGAAACGCAAGGCUGGGACUCCUAUUAAGCAAAGGACGCCGCGGCGCCAAAGCACAAUUAAUGAGCCUGACCCUUUGUCAGAUCCUGUCGUUCAACCAACACCAACGCCCAGGAAACGUGGCAGGCCACGGAAAACAAACACGGUUGAGCCUUCAAGUGAACUUGGUAUUGAAUCUGCUACAAAAAUCGUAUCGGGGCGGAGGGGGGAAUUAGAAGAGUUGGCUGAAGAGGCGGCAGUCCUACCAGAAGCCAUGCCAAGCGAGAAUGAUAUCGAUCUUAUUGAACCGCCGCCUGAGGCGUUUACUGAUGAACCGCAGCCUCAGACUGCCUCAAAUAUCGAAAUGACACAAGCACCAGCAGACCCAGCAUCGGAUUUCGACCUGUGGAUGAAUGAAGCGUCCCCUGAGCGGACGCCUCGAGCCCGGGCACAGCCUGUAGCUCUCGACCCGGUUGACUCUCGUCGCUCUCCCUCCGCUGAUUAUGAGAGCAUAGCAUCAGUAAACGACGACUUUGGAGGGGCUCCCAGUCCUAGCCCCGGCAUCCAAUCUCAUUCUACUGCUAGUCCGGAGGCGGUUGAAUCGCGGCAUCCCGCUGUUCCGGACAACGGUGACACCAUUGCCCAAGGCGAGGACUUCAGUAUGAUUUUUAUGGAAUCAAUCCAGUCAUUCCAGGAUUUCAGAAGCUCUGUCCCUGGCCCGCGACAGCCACUACCUUUACCAGACAGUGAUAUCGACGAAGAAGCCAGUCUUAUCAUCAACAAAACUCUAGAGUCUCUACGGCAGUCUGUGCGGCAAGAAGAACAGAAUGAAGAUGAAGAGGGUGCAGAGGAAGUCCAAGAGGAGCUGGAGCAGGAGCAGCAGGAUGAAAGAGCUAAAGAGCUAGCAGAGACAGAAGAGGCUCACACGAUCCAAGACCUAUCGAGAGGAUCGGAGCAAAACACCAAUACCGGGCCUGAAUUGGUGCGAACAUCUCCCUCCGUGGCACAAGACCAAGACGAGUUAGCCUCAGAUGAGACAGCACCUGUCUUUUCACCAGCCUUUGUGUCCUCGCCAAAUCGCCUGUUGUCGCCUCAGUGGGCGAAACGUGGCCUGAGAAGGCCGAACAUUUCCCCACUAAGACAACGUCUAUUGAAAUCGCAGGCUAAACAGCUUGAUGCCACACCAGCGGUUUCUGAGAAGGGAGAUACUGCGCCAGAGGCUUCGCCUAGCCCUUCAACAACCCGCAUUACUCAAUCUCACGAUGUCGAUUACGAAGAUUCGUUCUCGGAGAUUCCGCAGACCGUAUUGGAGGCGGCGACCCCACGGCGACCCGCCUCGUUCUUUCCAGAACCUGAGGAGCCAGCAUCUGAAGAACCAGCUCCCGAAGAACCGGCUCUCGAGGAAGACGAUGGCAUCGAUCAAGUUGAAUUCAUCGAUGAGUUAGAGGAAGAGGAAGUUGAGCCAAUUCAUGAUGUCCUGGCCAGGGACCCUACCCCAGUCGAAGACCUUACAGUGACCGAGGCGCCUGAGGCGCUGAGGUCUGAUGAACUUUCGGAUCAACAAGAAUUAGAGGAACAACAAUAUCAACAUAUCAACAAUCCAUACCCCUCACAUCAACAAUUACCCCCUCCUUCAAAUGCUAGCUCUGCUGCACAGACAGAUCGUCUACCAACCCCUGAUGAUACUCCCCCAAAUCUGCAGGCUGAACCCAGCGAGGACCUGAAUAAGCCCGAAGACCAAGCAAUGCCCUCUUCGCCUUUGGUACCCCAGCUUCAGCUUGAGAGCCAGCCCAUUUCGUCUUCAGUUACCUCAGAACCACUGAAUGAACAGCUUCUUCCUGCUGAAAGACCGGCAGUCUCGAUUGAGAUUACACCUGUCAAUCAACUUUCCUCGCCAGUCAAUGAGCCACAGUCUGUGGCUGUAGAGUCUCCCAUGGAGCGAGCAGCUAGGCCUGCUCUUUCGGCCAUUGUCCGUGCAGGCAGAGCACUUCAAACAAUUACCUCGGAUCCUCCAUCACCUGAGCCUCAAGAACACCAACUUGGCAGCCCUUUUAGGAGCUCAGUAAGUAAAGACUCUUGGUCAGGCUCUAGGGAGAGCGCGACUGGGAGACGUUCCAACAUGAUAAGCCCUUCGCGCCGGUCUAUCGGCCACCAGCGCCAAUCAGCUUCCAUUGAUGACCCGUUCAUCUCGGCAUCUCGCAACACUGGUCAGUCCAGCUUUAUGCAAGCUCUUGGUUGGAGUAUGAGUCGGCAGCAGUCGCCGGACAAGUCCCGACCACAGCCGUCAGGAUCAACAAGUAGCUCAAUGCGAGCGACUCCCCCAGAUGAUGGGAUGAGCUGGGUGGCAAACGAAGGCCCAAUCAGUCCGAGACUGAGAGGCGACAAUACUCUCCGGGAGGCUGCGGGGCUACCUGCGACACUCGCUGACCAACCCCGCAACCCUCAAAGUGAAUUGGAGGAAGAGCCUGCUGCGAAUCUAGACCAAGCUGAAGAGUUGUCUCAGCAGGAUGAUGAGACUGAUAUAUGGGAGGUGGAAGCAGAACGAUCAUUACUUGAUCCUGCCCCUGAGCAGUCGUCGACGGAUGUAUUUUCUGCCUCUCUUCGUCGCGGAACGAUACCCAGUCCCUGGACAAAGCAAAGCACUUGGUCACGAGAGCAGGCUACGACGCAACCUGGAGAAGCCUCGGAGGGAAAAACCAGAGGAACCAGUGCUCACGCCGAUGACGUAGCCCAUCAAGAAGCUGAUGAAACCGAAGAAUAUUCUUUACUGACUCAAAGACUGGCGGCACCUGAAGGAGCACAAGAACCAGCUACCUCAGCCAAGGAAAGCAGAGUAGACUUGUCUUCAUUUUUUUCUUCGCCCGCAGCUAUCCCCGGUAUACUGGUCAACAAGUUGUUUCCAUCUAGAACUUCCGCUACUGGGGCCUCAAACUCUAUGCAAACCGAGUCUGCCCAUGCUCCUGCCAUUGCGACAACAUCUAUGUUCCCUCAGGUCGCCUCAAAUCCUUUCCGCCAACAGAGCGAGAGCCCCAGGCAUCUGACGUCGCCCUCCAAAUCAUCAGCACCUCCCUCUUCUCAUAAGAGAUCGUCGUCUGCUCCUGUUGUUCACGAGACGAACAAUUUAGGCAGUACGUUGGGCCGAGAUCUCUCUUCACCCUUCAGAUCAUCAGGGAUGCCAAAUCCACAAAGGGCCCCCGCUGGCCCAGAAUCCGGAUCACCUGCCACUCCAGAGAAGAUACAGAUGCCUAUUGUAGCUCAGAAGCAGAACUUCACACCCCGCCCAAGGCAACCGAGCCAGUCGUUUUUCCAGCCUUCCUCGUCUGCUCCUACGCCACCCAGGAUGCAACUCUCUCAUGCCGAUAUUCAACGGUGGCAACAACAGACGUCCAAUGCAAGCGAGAGUUCUCCUGACCUAGGCCGCAGUCUUCUACGGCCUCUUCCUCCUAGGAAUGCCUCGCCCACCAAGUCGAGCCUCCGGUCGCCCUUGAAACCCCACACACCCGGGCGUGUAGUCGAGUUUACAAGCAGCGUGCUCUCUCCAGUGGAGCAGGCUCGAGCGCGUCAGGAGCGCCGCCUUUCGAAUGCAUCAUCAUCAGCCCUGGCUGCUGUCACGCAGAACCAACCAGCCAGUAGAGAAGAGCCGGUGACUGUUAUCGAGGGCAAGGAGAAUCAUGAUUCCGACAUCUCAAUGUCUGAUGCAUCGCCCCUCCCGAAGCAACGGCAAACCAAUCUCCCAUCUACGACUAGUGCUAGGGUAGAGUCUUCAAGCUCUGCUUCAUCCUCGAAGAAGCUCUCACCAACAGUCUGGACUCGAGAACACUGGCUGUUCCUGGACCGCAUCCUUGAGCGGCGCCUCGUAGGCGACUUCGAAGUCGACUUUCCCCGUCGUGCAGAGAAAUAUCUCGGCAAGAAAGUUAAGAGCCAAGGCGAGGCCAUGGUUCUCGAGCGAUGGCACCUUGACUGUGUCGACGCUUUCCGAGCCGUCGUCGGCGGCUGGGACGAGGGCGACCUUGCCAAGCGCCUCUUUUCUCUUAUCUUGGCGGAAGAAAGGAGAAAGAGAAUGCGUGGUCACACGACGAAACCCUCAGCAAUGAUGUUUCAUUGA